UUAAACACCGCGUCGACCGCAUGUAUUUGUUUUCCGUCAAUUUUUCGCAAUGACAUGCGAACAAAAUAUUCACGGUUCAAAUUGAUUGUACUUGAAGAUUGAAAAUAAGAACGUCGUGGCUUGGAUGUCAUUAAAAAAUGGCUCAAUCGGACUUAACUGCUUCGCAGGCGAUCACAGCCGACCAGGAUCAUGGAAACUCAUCAGACAAUAGCCACUUGCCAAAGCAAACGUUGCCUCACAUUUUCUCACUGGAAGCAACAAGAAAUCCACAGGCUCAGUCCACAACAGUGGCUCUCGAACAAUACCGACUGCAGCUGUAUAACUAUGCCUUGAAUAUUGAACGAUUUCGAUGCCCCCCAUACGGCACAGCGAGUGCCCCAUGGCUGAACUUGGGGUCGUACGGCCCCCAAGGCUCUGGUAAUAUGCCAGCAGUCAACCGAAUGGCCGCACUCUCAACCAUAUCCCUGUUCCCCCAAACGCAACGCAUUUUUCAACCCGAAGAGCCCAAGCCGCAACACAGCUACAUAGGCCUCAUAGCCAUGGCCAUUUUGAGCUCAACCGAACUGAAGUUGGUCCUCUCAGACAUUUAUCAGUACAUUUUGGAUAACUAUCCGUAUUUUAGAAGCCGCGGCCCGGGCUGGAGGAACUCCAUUAGACACAAUCUCUCACUUAAUGAUUGUUUUAUCAAAUCGGGCCGCAGUGCCAAUGGCAAGGGGCAUUAUUGGGCAAUACAUCCGGCCAAUAUGGAUGAUUUUCGCAAAGGAGAUUUCAGACGUCGCAAGGCUCAGCGAAAAGUACGAAAGCAUAUGGGACUGUCAGUGGAUGAUGCCAGCACUGACUCGCCCAGUCCGCCUCCCUUGGAUCUCACAACCCCUCCGCCACCCAUCUCGCAGCCUUCAAUGCAACUAUCCACUUUGGGAUAUCCCUAUCACCAUCAGUAUCUGGGGCAGUUCUUCAACAGAGCCCACGCGACCGGGCUGCCACAGUGUUCCUCUAACCAAGAUCCAACUCGAGUAAUGCAGCUUGAUCCAUCUCAAAUCCAGCAGCCACACCCCCCGCAUCAGCAUAUUGCAUAUAUCAACUCUACCACGACAACGACCAUUGCCAACAUGUUUUCGCAGACACGAAAACGGCAGUUCGAUGUGGCCUCUCUACUGGCACCUGAUGUCCAGAUGGUCGAUAUUGUUCCUGAGGAUCAGGAGUCCUCGGUUAGGCCAGCGACAACGGCCAGGACAACAACUCAAACUCACCACACAGUCAUCACAAAACAAACUAUACACCGAGAAGUGGUUUUGGGGUUAGAACAAGCAGUGACCGAUGCUGAAAUCGAUACGGAUAUUGAUGUAGAAGUCGAUGUCGGGGACGAGAGCAUUAAUCCUGACCCCUAUAUAGAGGCAGAUGAGCAGGAGAAGAAUUCAAAGAAGAUGAAACAAAUAUUCUCCGUGGAGGACAAUAACUCGUACCUAUGCGAGGGAAGGCUCUCCUCCUUUGAUGACCCCGAAGAGCACAACUUUUCGAUGUCCAGUUCGGCAGCUAGAUCCUUGGGUAGCAGUAGUAGCCAGCACGAGGAGUCAAGCUCCUUGGAGGAAUGUCCCAUUUCCGAAACCUCCAUUUCUGCGACCUCAUCAUCGCUCAUUUUGCCCGUACCUGCUGCUGCGAGACCAACAACUUUGGCAGUAACCGCUCCGAAUGCAUAUAUCGAACUUAACCACGUUGAUCCACACAUGAUAAGCAGGUACUAUGGGACUUAUAUGGCCGCAGCAGCUCGACGAGCCAGUAUAGAGAUGUCAAAAACUGCAAAGACGCCAAUUGUAACCCCACCUUCAAAGCCAGAAAUAGUCUUUCAAAAGUAAUCAGCUCUAUAUAUAUAAUAAAAAUUGAAGACCCACCCUGCAAUACAAGUAAAUACCUAAAUCUAUAUUAAAUCUAUAUAG